AUGGAUUUAACGAUUGUAAUAUUAAUUUAUACGAUCAUUUUAAUAUUAUUAUCAUUGUGGAUAUAUUGUAAAAUAUCCUGCGGUAUUUGUAAAUAUAGUGGACAUUUAAUCGGAAAGGUUGUUAUCGUGACCGGUGCAAACUCAGGUAUAGGUUACGAAACCGCGAAAGAUCUUGCACAGAGGGGUGCUAAAGUUAUAUUAGCCUGCAGGAAUCUAGAGCGAGGAGCAAGUGCUAGAGACAAAAUUAUUGCCUCUUCAAACAACAACAAUGUACACUUACUACAUUUAGAUUUAGCUUCCCUCGCAUCUGUAAGAAGAUUUGUUGAUAGCAUUCUGCAAAACGAAGAGCGUUUAGAUAUUCUUAUAAAUAAUGCUGGACAAUACUACACGGAAAAUAAGAAAACGGAAGACGGAUUGCUACUUGGGAUGCAAGUUAAUUACUUCAGUUCAUUUCUUUUAACAUCGCUCUUACUCCCUUUAUUAAAAGCAUCAGCACCGAGUCGAAUAAUUAACAUUUCUUCAAUUGCACACUUUUUUGGGAGAAUAGACUUAAAUGAUUUAAACAUGGAAUACAGUGCUAUUUUUAAUUCACACUUAGUUUACGCUAACGCAAAGCUCUGUUUGCUACUAAUGACUAUGGAGUUAAAUCGCAGAUACAAGUUAAAGGGCUUAACAGCAUACGCUCUUCACCCUGGAGUCGUGAACACUGAAAUGGUUCAACACUUAAAUUCGUGGUUCGUUAGAAAUAUAUUAAAGAUUUCUAAAACAUUCCAUAAAACGCCGUGGGAAGGAGCACAAACUACAAUUUAUUUAGCUGUAACACCUGAAAUCAAUGAAAUUGGAUGUUUUUUUAAAGAUUGCAAUGAAGCGAGAUGUAGUAGAGCAGUACAAGAUUUGGAAAGUGCAUCUAAACUAUGGGAGCUGUCAGAAAAAUAUGUAAAUUUGAAAUGA